AUGAAAUGUUUCAUAUGUAAGAAGAUUUUUUUCCAUUUUAAUGUACUAAUAAAGCAUCAAAAGUUGUGGCAUGGCUUAACUAACGAAAGUACAUUCGAAUGUUGCGACUUAUUAUGUAGUCAGAAAUUUAAAAAUUUGAAAAGUUUCAAAAGGCAUUUUCUUAAUAAACAUGAACAGAAUAGUUUAUUGAAUAGCUCAACAAACAUCCAAGAAGCUGCAGAUACAGUUUCUGCAACAAUUAAUAAACACGAGUUUGCUAGUACCUCCACGAAUAAAAGUACAAAAUGCAAACCUCUUGAGAUUUUCAAUUUAUCUUCGACUGAAUUUUUUCCGAAUUCCCCUUGCAUAAACACUGAUAAAACAAAAAUUGACUCUCAAAAGACAAUUGUCGAAUUUCAAAAAUGUUGCAUACAGUUUUCAUUAGAUUUACAUAACAAGAACAAUUUUUCUAGAAAAGAUGUACAGAAAAUUUUAAGUAAUAUAGAUAAUAAUAUUAUAGAACCUCUAAUUAAUAAUUUGAAACAAAUUUUAGAAAGUAGAAUUGAAAAUCAGGAAUUAAAACUAGAAUUGUUUCCUAUUUUUAAACAGUUUGCUGAACUUUUUAAAUUUUGUUCUACAGAAUAUCGCUUAGAACAGUGGCUUAUUAAUAAAGAUUAUUUGAGUAAUCUCAAACACUUUCAAAUUCACAAAGAUAUCGUGGAAACUUAUGUAGACGGCGAGGUUAGUUUUCAAGAAAUUGAAAUUGCGGGCACGCUAUUUUCUCUGAAAUUCCAAUUUAGAAAAAUUAUGCAAAAAAAUAAUAAUCUUGAAAAAAAUUUAAUGGAUUUAGGCCAAAAUGUUAUUAAUAAUCGACUCACUAAAUUUGUUGAAGGUGAAUUGUGGCAACAAAAAAUACAAAUGUUUAAUAAAAAUCAGGUAAUUCCUUUUUUUAUAUAUUUAGAUGACAUGGAAAUUAAUAAUCCUCUAGGCGCCAAUGCUUCUUUGUAUUCUGUAACAGCUAUAUAUUUCUCGUUUCCUAAUUUCGAAAACUGUUCCAAACUUCAAAAUAUUUUUCUAGCAGGAUUUGUGAAAGCCAAAGACAUGAAAACUUUUGGAAACAGUGCAACUUUUAAAACUCUUAUUCAGGAAAUUAGCGAUUUAGAAAAAAAUGGUAUAGAAUUUCAGAUCGAAGGAUGCAAACGGAUUGUAAAAUUUUCCCUUGCUCUAAUUUUAGGGGAUAAUUUAGGGCAAAAUUAUGUUUUAGACUUUUCUAAAUCAUUUAAUUCCAAUUUUUAUUGCCGCUUUUGUAAAGAAGCAAAAUCAAGUUGUCAAUCUCUAACGAGCGAAAAUAUAGCAAGUUUGAGAACGAAAGAAAAUUAUAAGCAGGAUACUGAAAAAAAUGACGAAAAAACAACUGGAAUUGUUCAGUAUUCACCCUUUAAUGAUAUACCUUCAUUCCAUGUUACAGAUAACUUUGCUGUUGAUAUCAUGCAUGAUAUAUUUGAAGGUGUUUGUCACUAUGAUAUUUGCCAGAUAAUUAUUUAUUAUAUAACAGAUCUAAAAUUAUUUACUUUGGAUACUCUCAAUAUAAGAAAAAACACGUGUAAUUAUGGGCCUAUUGAAAUAGGAAAUAUGUCUCCUCCAAUUACAAUGGAGCAUCUUACAAAGAGACGCCUAAAAAUGAGUGCUAGGCAAAUGAUGACAUUUGUUCACUUUUUCUCAUUUAUAAUUGGAGAUUUAAUACCUAAAGAUGAUGAAGUUUGGAAUUUUUUUUUGUGUCUGUUAAAAAUUAUUGAUAUUCUCCUAUCUAAGGAAAUAUCAAAGUCCGAAAUUUCACUGCUUGCAGUACUUAUUGAGGAACAUAAUCAAAAUUAUAUACGUCUGUUUAAUGAUACUCUUAAACCAAAAUUUCACUUUCUUUUACACUAUCCCACUGUAAUUAAAAAAAGUGGCCCUCCACGAAAUUACUGGUGUUUUAGAUUUGAAGCGAAACACAGAGAAUUCAAGCUAUAUGCUCACGCAAUUACGUCUAGGAAAAAUAUUUGUCACAGUUUAACUAAAAAAUAUCAAUUUAAAUUUGCUCAUUUUCUUCUCAACAAUAAUUCUGAAUCACCACUGGAAGUUGAAAAAAAACACAAAAUUGAGAGUAAGUAUAUUUCAAACGUAAACUCAAUUUCAAUAACAGAUAUUGGUGACUUUGAAUGCUAUCGAAUAAUAAGCUACAAGGGUACUAUUUAUAAGCAAGGUUAUUAUUUGACUACAUUUGAAGACGAUACAUUUCAGCUAUAUGAAAUUUUAGAAUUUUUUAUCGGAAAGUCGUCAAAUGAAACUAUUUAUUUGGUUUGUAAACAGGUUACAGUAAUUGGAUAUAUGUCUCAUUAUGAUGCUUAUGAAGUAAAUAAAGAAAAUUGUGACUUUUUUGACAUACAAUUUAAAAAAAUUGACUGUUUUUCUAGUUACCCUAUUAAUAUUUGUCGAAAUCCUAACGGUACUACAUUAGUUAGACCAAAAGAGUACUUACAUCUAUUCUAA